UCAUGUAUCUCCAUCCUUAAACACCAACAUAGUCUAGCAAAUAAACUAGAGUGAUGGUAUCAUUCAAACUUCAGUAUGCACUUAUUUGGUUUUUAAUUAUUGCCAUUUUUCACAGCACCCAUGCACAAAACUCCCAAACUGACUACUUAAAUGCUCAUAAUACGGCGCGUGCCCAAGUGGGUGUUGGAAACAUGGUAUGGAACACGACUCUAGCCACCUUUGCUCAGAACUAUGCUAACCGAAGGAUACAAGACUGCAAUCUCGUGGACUCAAAUGGACCUUAUGGUGAGAAUCUUGCCAAGGGUCGUGGUUCAUUCAUAGGUACCGCAGCUGUGAAUUUAUGGGUAAGUGAAAAACAAUAUUAUGAUCGUGGAACCAAUACAUGUGCUAGUGGAAGGGUUUGUGAACACUAUACUCAAGUGGUGUGGCGUAAUUCUAUACAACUCGGGUGUGCUAGUGUUCAGUGUGCCAAUGGUUGGUGGUUCAUUAUCUGUAACUAUUCUCCCCGAGGAAACAUCAUUGGCCAACCUCCUUACUAGUGAAGUAUUUGAUUUGUAUUGUCCUUUGGUCAAUAACUUAUAAGUAUAAUAUAUGAAUAAACAUGCAGUCCAGGUGUAAUAAUAAAUGAUAGAGCUUGAAACGUUAAGUUCUUUAUAAUAAGCAUAUAUAAUCUCAUAUUCUAUUGCUAAACGUGUUUUUUAA